AUGGAUGCCCUCAUCAAGACCUUCUUCGACAAGAAAGUCGGCGACUUCCUCAAGGUCGACCAAGGCAAUCUCCGGGUCGAUCCCUCCUCCGGCCAGUUCCAGCUGAAGAAGGCUUCGAUAGACGGCUCUGCCUUCGACGGUCUCCACCUUCCGGUGGCUCUCCGCGGCGGAUUCAUCGACGAGCUGUCCGUCAACCUGCAUCUGGACGUGUUCAAUCCAGGGGGAUCCGUCUCUUUGCAGAUCCUGAUCCGAAAUGUGUUCUUUGUCUUCGGGCCACACACGACAGACUGGAGCUGGGCGCACGUGAAGCAGUGCAAAUCAAAGCUUGUCGACCUCAUUAUGCAGAUCGCCGAGCUGAAACCGUCCAAGAAAGCCAAGAAGUCGCACGAGGACUCGGCAAGCGGAUGGCUGAGUGACAUCCAGACCCGGAUCAAGCAGGACCUCAUGAAGAAGGUUGCCGAGAUGAUCGAGGUCAACAUUGCGAACUUUCACAUUCGUUUCGAGGCCUCGAAGCGCUCCCAGAAACUUUAA